CGGCCCAGCCUAGCCAACGGAAGCCGAGGCGAUGAAUUGCAGCCCUACAACUACCACUCGGCAGUCGCCUCUCAGCUCCGCCCCUCUACGACUCUGUUGACUGCUUAUAUUUCUCACUUCGCCGCUCUCCGUCUCUCGUCAUCCGUAGCCCGCAGGAGCCCAGCGGCAGCGCAGACGCAGGCGCGCAGCUCCUCAGCCACGCGAUUGGGCCCAAGCGAUGAUAUAUCAUAAUAUCAUUGGACGGUCUUGAUCUUUUCUUGCUGCUGCUCAGAGGAUCUGCCCUAAGGUGAUACAGACUUUUCGAGGAAGAAGGUCAUUUUCCUUUUUUUUUUUCUCUCUUGACGGAUUUUAAUCUGUAGAACCCUAUUAUUUUCUGUCAGUAAGUAGGGUUUUGGUUUAUUUUACGGUUCAUUGCUUGAAAUUUUUUUCUAAACUACUAGCGUCCAAAUUUGUCUUGCGCUUGGUGUUGGCGAAAAAAAGAGGAAAAGAAAUUGGGAGCUAUAUACAUUCUUUUUUUCAGCUUUUAUGCAAAUUUUGUUUAGGUUUUAAGCAAAUUUUGACCUGAUAUGCCAUUGAUUUUGCGUCUGGGAACACGAUUUCAGGGUUGCGAAUUCAAAAUUGGAGGUGUUUGGAUGAGAAUUCGUACAAUUUUGUAUUGAAAUUUGUUGAUAUUCACCAAUGACAAACUGGUAUUUCCAAAUUCAGUGUUACCAAAUGCAGCUCAAAUAAAUUUCACUCCAUUAGUAUUUUGAAUUGGAGUGGCAGAAAGAUAAAUGCUCAGUUUCCUUGUUUGGUUUUGUACUGUCCGGUUUCUCCAAAACCAAACAGGGCAAGGUAAAGCUUCAUAGGUACAUACUGAGUUCAGGUGAUGAGCAUUUCAGACACCACUAUAAGAUCCAGAUGAAUACGUAAGGCAGAUUUUGCUUAUGGUCAGAAUCAUAAGCAAAGACUUGCAAUAUUAUUUAUGGAGAACAAUUUAGGUUAAGUUCCACAGGUACAUUUUUCCAUUCCACUUGUCUAUGAUCGAUAGUUUUUCAAACUCCCCCCCCCCCUCAUUUGGUAUGCUUAAUGGACAUUCUUUUUUGAAUUUGAACUUGUUAUUUUGUGAUAGAUUUUCCCCUUUAUAAUUUUAUUAUUAUUUACUAUUUGUUGAUUCUGGGGCCUAUGCCUGGUGAAAUGGCAUCUCCAUUCAUUAUUUAUUAUUUUACUUCUUUGUUGGUUAUGGGUACUGCCUAGUGCAGUGGCAGAAGUCAUUAGCUAUCAAGCGCAAAUGUGUAUGUUCAAGACUUGAGAGUGGCAUUUCAUGCCUUGAAAAUGUUGAAAACUAGGCGGUAUCCAAACCACCUUUCCUAUGUACUUGCUUUUUUGGUGGAACUACCAUCCACUUUUGUAUUUUUUUUUUGUUAAAUAUUUUUCCAAGUUUCAAUGCUUUUAUGAAUUUUUUUUGUUGCAAAGAUAGUCUAUAUGUUUGGUUUGAGUGAUGAAAAUAUUCAGUUCAUUAUUUUUAUAUCAUUGCUUGUUUUGUAUAUUGGUGCAAAGUUGGUGCAUAUGAUGGCUUACACUUGAUCUCUGAACUUCAGGUAAGUUCACUUGUUGACAAGUUCACAUACUGAUGCUGUAGCUUUGUGCUUUUUGUUUUGAAAUAUAUAUAAAUAUCAUAUAAUCAUGUGUGUAUGUCUGUGUAUUUAUGUUAAGUAAUGACGAAACUUGAUUAAUUUAUAUUUAUAGAAUUGAUUUGUAUGCAGGUGGAAAGUGGGUGUGUGCUUAACUGCGUAUGUGUUUUAACUUAUGACAUAUUUGAUUUAUUAUAUUUAUUCAUUGUUUGUUUUGCAUGUUGGUGCAAAGUUUGUGCAUAUUUAUCUUUAUUCAUUGCUUGUUUUGUAUGUUGGUGCAAAGUUGGUGCAUAUGAUGGCUUACACUUGAUCUCUGAACUACAGGUAAGUAAACUUGUUGACAAGUUCACAUACUGAUGCUCUUGCUUUGCACUUUUCUUACUUGAAAUUCACGCACACACGCACACAAAAAGUCCUAAUAGCCCUGCUAAGGGUGGCGAAUAAGUCAAAUUAUUUGUUAAGAGUUUGGUGGCUUGAUUUGGUUUGUGCUUAAAAUGAGCUAUUCCCUAGUCUAACUUUGAGAUUUGUUUAUUUUAUUUUAUUUUUAUAGCAAGAGGUUGUUUAUUAAACAAGACGAGCAUGAACAAGCCUGGGUCUCAACACAUUUAGUGUCAAUGGCCCAUUUUUUAGCAUAGUUCAUUUUGUGCUUUUUAUAGGAUAGUUAGUUCAUUUUAGAUGACCAAAUAUGAGUGGGGGCAAAUAUAUGUUAUUUAAAAAAACCUACCAAAGGUGUGCAAAUGACUAUUCAUGUAUAGCUUGCCAUUUGGCGAUUCCCAAGCCUAACUUUUAGGUUUGUGGCUUGUUUAAUCAUCUGGUUGCUAAAAUAAGCUAUUCCCAAGCCUAACUUUGAGGUUUGUUUAUUUUUUUGAUAGCAUGAAGUUGUUUAUUAAACAAGAUAAGCAUGAACAAGCCUGGGGCUCAACUCAUAGGCUCAUGAAUGGCCUAUUCAUUGGCGAAGUUCAUUAUGUGCUUUUUAUAAACUCCAUUUUGGCCCAUUUAGAAGCUCAUUAGUGGGUUGAUUUUAGAGGACCAAAUAGGAGUGGGGGCAAAUAUGUUAUUUGAAAUCUACCUAAGGUGCAAAUGCCUGUUCAUGAAGAGCUCUUGUCAUUUGUCUUGUGUAUGUUUGUGAACAGUCUGAUUUAGGCGCUUGUCUUAUAAUGUAUAUGUGUGAGUGCAUGCAUGUUCUUUUGUUUCCAUUAUGGGAUGCUUUUUGUGAUGUUUUCUAAAGCACUAUAAAGUUUUUUAAACAUCAUCUAAGGGACAUCUGAUUAGCAUGUGUUUUUCAUAUUCAUAAGUAUUUUAAACGUGUGGGAGUAACAGGAAAUUUGAACCUCCAGGUUUUUAAAACAGCCCCUCUAGUUUGCAUCAAACUGAACAACUUGUCAUGUAUAGUGUGGAUAAAUCAUAGGCUUGACCAUUAAUUAACAUUCAUUGGAUGCACUUUUUUUUUUUGCCUUCUUUAAUUACAUUUAAGUUCGCUAUUUUGGUUUGGCUUUUGGAAGUCGCACACUUAUCAAAAGCCUCAAUGUUUUUGGCUUAAAUGACUAUGCAGAUUGAAAAAUGUUUUCCAGUAAGGAAUCAUGUUAUGCUGGUCCACAGAAAUUUGAAAACACUCUCUUCAUAUUAUUUUUAAAAAAUCAAUAGGGAUAGUUCUGAUUUCAAGAAUUGCAUUCAUGCAAGCUGGGGGUGAUGCCUAGCUAACAAGACAAAGUGAGAACUGGCUUUGGCAAUACCAUAAGUUUUUAAUGCCUUAGAAGAGCAGCUAAUUUACAUAUUCAAGGCUGUAUGUAUGUGCAUGCAUAAAUUGUAAUUUUAAUGAAGCAAAUUUUUUUCUUUGUUAUACAUUGUUAUUUUCUUCUUUCAUUUAUUUGAGUAUUCUUUUCUUAUACUUCUAUUUUUGUUUUCGUCUAAAUUUAAAAAGUUGCUUUUUUAGUUCAAAUUUUGAUAGAUUUUUUUUACAUAAUUUAGGCUUAAUUUCAUUUUUUUUUUUUUUUUUUGUGUUUGGUGCCAAGUCUGUCAUGGCUCACACUUGAUCUCCAUACCCAGGUAAGUCCGUCAGUUAACAAGCGUGUACAUAGAUGAAAUGCCUGUGCAAUGUUCAUUACUUUAUUUGCUCUUCCGAGAAAUAUCCUGCAUUCUCUUUUUGGGGAACACCUGAUUUCUGCAUUUCUGUAUCUAGCAAGGAUCCAAUUUGAGGGCAUAGAGUCCAUGAUUGUUUCCAUUGUGCAAUAUCCAGCAACAGCAAUUCGAAUUUCUCUACCCCAGGCAUUCAGCCUAUCAACAUGUGGACGGAAAUUUUCUAAUGCUAGCAGGAUGAUGUUCAUGGUGCAGUUUGGUACCAGAGUUUACUGCAGGAAACUACCCAAAAAUCUUUGCCAUCCUCAACAGAGCAAGCUUCCCCCAGAUCCUGGGGUCAAUAUAUUCUUGAAAAAUAGAGGCACUAGUAUUGACCCAACCGCAACAGAUUUAGUUGGUACUGAAAGUCUUGAUUUAGUUGAUGGAUGUCUCGAUGGUUAUGAAGAGGAAGAGGAAGAAGAGGAAGAGGAUGAUGGAAAAAAGGAAGAUAAUGUCUGGGAAUCGGACGAAAUUGAUGCAAUUUCAUCCCUUUUUCAAGGGAGAGUACCUCAAAAACCUGGAAAAUUGAGUAGAGUAAGGCCUCUUCCACUAUCACUGCCUCACAAGCUUCGACCAGUAGGACUUCCUACAUCAAAGAGACGUGUGAGAGUGGCUUCUUCAUCAGCAUUCUGUUUAGGGGCAUCUCUUUCGAAGAAACUUUACAAAAAUCCAGAUUUUCUUAUUGGUCUAGCCCGAGAGAUUAGAAGCCUUCCUGAGGAACAAGAUGUGUCUAAAUUUCUCAACAAAUGGGUUCAUGUCCUGCAAAAGGGAUCCUUGUCAUUAACAAUUCGGGAAUUGGGUCACAUGGGUCUUCCUGAGCGAGCUCUGCAGACCUUCUGUUGGGUGCAGAAGCAACCCCAGCUCUUCCCAGAUGACAGGGUACUUGCUUCAACUGUUGAGGUUCUGGCAGGGACGCGUCACUUAAAGUUGCCAUUCAACCUGGCCAGGGUGGCUAGUUUGGCCAGUGGAAGCGUAAUAGAGGCAAUGGUGAGGGGCUUCAUCAGAGGGAGAAACUUGAAUCUUGCUUGGAAGCUUCUAAUGAUUGCCAAGGAUGGUAAUAAAAUGUUGGACUCCAGCAUUUAUGCUAAGCUAAUAUUAGAACUUGGAAAGAACCCAGAUAAACAAAUGCUUGUACUGUCCUUGCUUGAUGAGCUUGGGGAAAGAGAAGAUUUGCAAUUGAGCCAGCAAGACUGUACGUCUGUGAUGAAAGUUUGCGCAAGGCUUGGGAGAUAUAACGUUGUGGAGAGUCUUUUCAACUGGUAUAAACAAUCUGGGCACAAUCCAAGCGUGGUUAUGUACACUAAUGUCAUUCAGAGUCGCUAUCUUGAGAGAAAAUAUCGGGAGGCACUGGCGUUGGUUUGGGAAAUGGAGGCUUUGAACUAUCUCUUUGAUCUUCCAGCCUAUCGUGUGGUUAUAAAGCUUUUUGUUGCUCUGAAUGAUCUGCCUAGGACCGUGAGGUAUUUCUCAAAACUUAAGGAAGCAGGUUUCUCUCCAACCUACGACAUAUACAGGGAUGUGAUCAAAAUUUACAUGGUUUCGGGAAGGUUGGCAAAGUGCAAGGAAGUUUGCAAGGAGGUAGAGGCAGCAGGUUUCAAGUUGGAGAAACAGUUAAGAGUUGGAAUUAUUGAGACUUGAAAGAGAGGUCAAGUGAGGAACAGGAACUCGAAAUUCAGGCAUUUGUUCUUUUCUCUCUAGGGGAAUUAGCUCAAAUCUCUUCAUUCAUUCUUUGGUUGGUUUCAGGUAUUCCUCCGCUCUUACCAUGUUAAUAUUCUCAAAUUUUUCAUAAUUUUGGAUUCCCCGAACUCUGUGAAAAAUAUAGGAUAACCUUUGUAAUUUAUUGUAUUGUAUAAUGAGAUUGUAGUUGGCUCC